UACACAGUAGUAAAUGGAAAGCGGAGGGCAAGCUUUUGGAGGUGGAAGACAAGUCAGUAAGCUGCUGGAAGUGAAGAAAAGGCAGUAAGCUGCUAGAAGUAGAAGACAAGGCAGUAAGCUGCUGGAAGUGGAAGGUUGGGAAGCUUCCUACCAGCAGUGGCAGGAAGAACUCUGAAGGAAAGUGAAAAACAACUUUCUAGUCUGUGGUAAUAAUGGUGGACGCAGCCCAUCAAGUGGUUUAUCGCGGGGUUAUGCCUGUCUUGGUCUGUCUAGGGCUCCUGGCUAACAGUCUCUGCGGUCUUAUCCUCAUUAAACCUAGCUUUACGACAUCAUGGGUUAACAGAUAUUUCCUGGUUCUUGUGGUGUCGGACCUGCUAGUGUGUGUCUUCACUAUCCCCAUCAUCACUACCAUCAACGGCUGCACCUCCUCAUCCUACUUCGAGGCCAAAUACUAUGCUCACUUUGGAUGGUCUUUGUUUGCCCUUUGUCAAUCUGUUGAGACAUAUACCAUCAUGUGGCUCGCUAUGGACCGCUUCAUGGCCGUCUGGAUGUACCAAAUUUAUCCCAGGAUUCAGAAGAAGCCAAACUUUAUGUUGAUAAGAAUGAUAGUGACAAUUGUUUUGUGCAUUCUGUUCCAUUUAGUAUAUAUGAUCAAAAGUGAAGUUAAAGACGCUGUCGUGGAUGGCAUCCCUUACGAUAACAGUAAGAAUGAGAGUAACAUACAAGAAUGCAUAGGAAACAAGACUGCUAUAAGUGACGGUUUUCACUACGAGUACAAGACCCAGUGGCAUGAAAUUUAUCGAUAUUUUUACUCCUGGACGAUGAAAUGGUUGCCAAGCUGUCUUAUAUUAGUUUUCAACGCGAGCCUCGUGUUCGGGGUGGUAAUCCGUCGCAUCAAAUUUCGUGCUGCUAAAGAGUCAGGAAAACGCAGAGAGAGAAAUCUUAUCAUCCUUAGCAUCGCCCUAGCAGCUUCCCACAUUCUCCUGACUCUUCCCAUUACUGUGUACUUCAUCAAAUAUGGAGAACUUCAACUUGACCGCUGCUGCAGUAACUUACCUAGAGAUCUCUUCCUUCACGUUGCUAACAUUCUCCAACUUCUGGAAUCCAUCAUCCCAAUAAUGUUUCAAGUGGCUCUCAAUCACAACUUCAAGAAGGAGCUCAAAAUUCUACUGAAACUGGAGGAAAGAACUAUAGAUAGUGAGCUGAGCACGAGGAACUAAUACUUUUGUGGAAAAUUAAAUUUACCUGGAUGUAACUCGUAAGAUACAUACCAGCAAAUGGUAACAAAGAUAAUUAUACUUUAUUAAGGUUACCUGGAGUUACCUGGAGUUUACCUGGAGAGAGUUCCGGGGGUCAACGCCCCCGCGGCCCGGUCUGUGACCAGGCCUCCUGGUGGAUCAGAGCCUGAUCAACCAGGCUGUUGCUGCUGGCUGCACGCAAACCAACGUACGAGCCACAGCCCGGCUGGUCAGGAACCGACUUUAGGUGCUUGUUCAGUGCCAGCUUGAAGACUGCCAGGGGUCUGUUGGUAAUCCCCCUUAUGUAUGCUGGGAGGCAGUUGAACAGUCUCGGGCCCCUGACACUUAUUGUAUGGUCUCUUAACGUGCUAGUGACACCCCUGCUUUUCAUUGGGGGGAUGUUGCAUCGUCUGCCAAGUCUUUUGCUUUCGUAGUGAGUGAUUUUCGUGUGCAAGUUCGGUACUAGUCCCUCUAGGAGACAAGUAGGAAUUUUAGGACACCUAGGUCGCAAAAAAUGUCCCCCCUUCUAUACCUACGAUAAUCUCUCUCUCCACAAGUCACUCUGGACCUAUAUUAAUUUCAAAAGAAAUAUACAUCACUAGGAAUUCUGGUAAAAACAUUAAUAUAAAUAUAUGAACUGUAUAUUAAAUUUAAAAUGUUAAUACAUAUACAUUGAAGGAGAAUUUAUAAUAAUAAGACUCACCAAUUAAUCUGGAGAUUAUGGUGUGUCAUAUCAACCCCCCUGCCUAAAUUAUGAAGAAAAUACUGGCCAGAAUUCCAACAUAAAUAGACAUGACUUAGCUGGAGUUCCUGUACCAUCCUGUCCACUCGCCUAAUGUUCACGUUAUGCAGGACUGCAAAUCCAACAAUUUCGGCUCCUAUUUGAGAGGUUUUAAGCCCAAUAUAACCCUUAGAGCGACGAAAAUUCUUUCGAUUUUCACUAACGUUUGUCUCGGUCAAUUCAAAACAUGGCAACUCUUCCCUGCUCAUAAGCGCAGGCGCAGAGCUUCCCUGUCGGUUCACUUCUUUAAAAUACACUUUAGAGCAAUAGUAAUGUAUUAAUCAGGUAUAUUUACAUUAUAUAAAAUAUACAGCAUAAUUUUGGGAAAUUAUUUUCCACACUGCGGCCGGGCGGAGGUCACUGCUAAACGACUCAAAUUACUCCUUCCUUUAGGAGACUGUUCCAACUGGUUGUGGCUUGAGUGGCUGUUCUCCUAGUAGGUUUUUCUACAAUUUCAUCUUCCUGCAUCACUUGGUCAGCAUUACCUUCAAUAUCACUCGUGUCACUUUCCCUUAAAUUUUCGUUUACCUAUGAUUGAAUACCAUUUAAUUCCAAGAGAAUCAAUUUAUUAAUUGUUUGUAAACUUUCCUGGCCACGACACAACACUUUGGCAUUCCGGACAACACCUUGUGCAUCUGCGUACAAUGUCAAUACUUUGCCCAAAGGCCACAAUGUUCGAUGUUGUUCAGUAUCAACUAACACAAUGUCACCUGGUUGAAUGUGCUGUCGAUUUACUGCCUCUGUCGCACCAUAAAAGUGUUCACAUAGUGUAAGAAGAUAUUCCUUACGCCACACAUUAGACCAAUGAUCAAUUACUUUAUUUAACAUUUUAAAUUUAUCACACAACACUGCUGCAUCAUUGUAAUCUUCAUCACUUUCUUCAGGAUUAUUUCUAUAGACAAGGGCAGCUUCCAAUUUCCUUACACAUAUUAGGUGAGAAGGUGUUAAUACCUCUGCUUCAGGUGUAUCACUCAUGUACGAGAGAGGCCUAUUAUUUAUCCAAUUCUCCACCUCCACCAACACUGCAUGAAAUUCCUCCAAAUUAAUUCUCUUCCGGUGUAGUACUUUACGGAGACACCUCUUCACUGUGCCUAUCAGUCUUUCGUACAGCCCCACCUGCGAAGGGACU